ACAUUGUUUCAGCGGGGAAGUCGAAGCACACGGACCAGGAAACCAUGCUUGGGCAUAUUUGAAGGAGACUUGACAGCAGAAUAGAAUUAACUGGGUCGAGUGAUCGGUUUGUGGUGUGAUCAUUAUGAAUGUCUGCCGUCACCUGUUAUGGAUCCAGUGUCCUGAGUGCGUUUCACGUUUCUUGACACCUGUCAAGAGAGUGAUUUUACCCGGUGGACCAUACCUCCACCAGCAGACCGUUGCAUUACAACAAAGCCAGGUGCUGAGAUCAUUUCAUUGCAGUGCAGUAUGUUCCACGAGUCAACAAGACCAAAAAGAGCCUAAAGAGGCAUCAGAACGUGAGACACAGAGUAAAGACAGAACUUUGGUCACACAUGAAGAUAUAUUUGAGAAGGCUGCUAAAAACUCAAAAACCAAAGGCAAUUUUAACAGGGUCGUGGAUGUUUUUACCAAGAAUGACAUUCGACGGCGGGGCCAUGUGGAGUUUAUUUAUGCUGCCCUGAAGCAGAUGCCAGAAUUUGGAGUAGAACAAGACAUUACUGUUUACAACAAACUACUAGAUGUGUUUCCCAAGGAAGUGUUUGUGCCACGUAACUUUAUACAGAGGAUGUUCAACCACUAUCCAAGGCAACAAGAAUGUGGAGUGCAGCUGCUGGAGCAGAUGGAAAAUUAUGGUAUCAUGCCCAAUGUAGAGACCAAGGUUUUACUGGCUCAGGUAUUUGGCAAAAAGAGCCAUCCUAUGAGAAAGUACCAGCGUAUCAUGUAUUGGUUUCCCAAAUUCAAGCACACAAACCCCUACCCCAUACCACAAGUACUUCCUAGUGACCCAAUAGACCUUGCUCGGUUUAGUCUUGCCCGCAUCGCCAGCGACCCUGAUGCAAAAAUAACAGUCUUUCAGUAUCAAACAACAGACAUCACAGAAACAGGCGAGGAAGUUUUAAGGCCUUACAUUGUAGGUAUCCAAAGUCCAGAGCAGCGCUCUCUUCUUGCCAAACACAAUCAUUGCAGACCUGUGUUUGUAGAAGGCCCAUUCCCACUGUGGCUCAGAAAGACUUGUGUUCAUUAUUAUCUUCUAAGGGCAGACCCUAUUCCACCUGAGGAAAAGGUAAAGAAGGAAUUUGACCCAGAGUGGAUUGGCCCUGAGCAGAGUCUCUUCUACCCUCAGCGAGUGGAACUUGACCUGGAAAGAGACAUUGGUGAUGAUGACAGUUUUGAUGUGGAUGAUGUGGAAGAAGGGCCAGUUUAUGCCAUGUGUAUGGCAGGUCAGGGUGACGAGACUACUCUGGCUCAAUGGAUUUCUGAUCUACAGGAGACCUGUCCUACAUUGGGCCAAAUCCCCACAGUGUUUCGUCUGGAAUCUGGACCUGGAGAAUUACUAACCUCAUCAGAUGUUCAGCAGAGUCCUGAGCUGGAGUUCGAAACAGAUCAUAUUAUCGAGGAUGAACCACUAUACUCAAAGAGAGUGAAACAGUGACAGUGCUGUACCAGUGUUUGCUCAAUGAAGAUCUACCAGGCUGUGAUAUCUGUCCAUGAAAAUCUGAGGAACCUCAUGUUUAGUUAAAUUAGACACAGGCCGGUUGUCAAGACU